CAAAAAGAAACUUCAGAUACCAAACGACGCCGUUAGAGCACACACCUCCGGGUCUCCGUGGCCAGUAAACAUUCCCAAUGUUUAAUCUCUAAAACCCUAAACCCCAAAUUCUCAAAACUAACAAUCACAGCAUCAUUUUCAAAUGAGAAGAUUUAAAACCCUAGAAUCAUCCGCUAAAUUUAUAGCUCAUAACAGAACGUUUCAUCGACAUUCACUCGCUGAUGAAAUCCUUCAACAACGAGUUUUAUAUGGUUGUGGGUUUGCAAGAACACCCUUGGAGUUCGCAUCUACAAGGCAGUUAUUAUCAAAGAGAUUCAUUCAUGGCACAGGAUCUUGCUACUCAAGUCGACGAGAUUACUAUGAAGUCCUAGGUGUGCCAAAAGAUGCUAGCCGGGAUGAGAUCAAGAAGGCAUUUCAUGUGCUUGCUAAGAAAUAUCACCCAGACUUUAACAAGGACAAUCCUUCAGCUAAGAGAAAAUUUCAAGAGCUAAGAGAGGCUUACGAGAUUUUACAAGAUUCUGGAAAACGAGCAGAAUAUGACAUGAACAAGGCUGGUUCUGCAAGGUCAGAUGAUGCUGAAUAUGGUUCAUGGGGUAGACAAUAUUCUAGGCGUGCUUCUGGAAGUGAUUUCUCUAGUUCAUUCCAAAAUAUAUUCUCAGAGAUAUUUGAAGAGAAGGAAAAUAUUGCAACUGAUAUUCAGGUUGAGCUUGCCAUCUCUUUUUCCGAGGCUGCUACCGGUUGCACAAAAAAAUUGUCUUUUGAUGCGGAUGUACCUUGUGAUUCUUGUGAUGGGCGUGGUCAUUCAGUAAAUGCUAAGACAGGAAUCUGUCCAACGUGUGAAGGCCUUGGGAGUGUGUCAAUUCCUCCGUUCACAUCAACAUGCAUGACAUGUAGAGGAAGUGGUCGAAUAAUAAAGAAUUACUGUAGGACAUGUCAGGGAUCAGGGGUGGUUGAAGGGAUCAAGGAGGUUGAAGUUGCCAUACCAGCAGGUGUAGAUUCUGGGGACACUAUUCGUGUUCCUGGAGCGGGCAAUGGUGGAGGGAAGAUCCAACCUGGAAGCCUGUUUAUAAAAUUGAAGGUUGCAAAAGACCCAACAUUUGAUAGGGAUGGAGCAGAUAUAUACGUGGAUUCCAAUAUUAGCUUCACACAAGCCAUUCUCGGGGGUAAGGUUGAGGUACCAACUUUGUCAGGGAAGACGCAAGUGAAAAUACCAAAAGGGGUUCAGCAUGGAUAUCUUACUGUGUUGAGGGGCAGAGGCUUGCCGAGGAAAGGUCUGUUUGUUGACCACGGGGACCAAUAUGUUCGCUUUCGUAUCAACUUCCCCACUGAGCUAAAUGAACGCCAACGUGCUAUACUAGAGGAAUUCGUGAAAGAGGAGAUUGAGCAUGGCAACAUGUCUACUGAAGCAAAUUGGCUUGAUCAGCAGCUAUCUACUGGUUGAACUUACAGGUGGAGGCAUAUUCUCGAUCAUAUUGCAGAUCCCAAAUUCCUGUUCGAGCUGUCAAUGUUCAUGGGGAUCAUAAUACUGUUCAGCAAAGUUCUUGGAUGAUAGCUCUCUUUGGUGGUUAGAUUGAUUUUGAUCAUCUUUGAUAGCGGAUAGCGAUGGUUGCUUUGUCCCUAACAUGAGGUAUGCUGACAUGGUCGUACAAUUUUUUUCCUGAGAGGCCAGGGUUCGCCGCAAAGAAAGCCAUGGCCAUUCUUGCGUCUCCUUAGCUCCAGAACUUCUACAUGGGAAUUGAUUUUACUUGUGGAUAAAAUAUAGAAUUUCGGCAUUAAAUAUAGUAUCUUAUGUUGUAAAACAGAAAUGAGUAAUAAAGAUGCAAGCUUUUAAUCUCA